AUGGCCGCAGCGAGCUUUCUAGGAACCCACCUAACAAUUACUGUCAUAGCAACCAAGCUGCACUCUCCUACUCGCCAUUGUUCUCUAACUAGAACCCCAAAACCCUCGCGCCUGCUGCCGAUGGUAAAUAACGGAAGAGCCAAGGGCAAGAUGGGAGCGUCGUCGACAUUAUUCAAGUGCAACAAUAGAGAUCACACCCACAUGGAGAUCUAUGAUUCUGCCGAGGAGGAGAAGGAGGAGGAGGAGGAGCACGAGAAGUUCGUGCGGUGGUUUCGUGAGGCUUGGCCCUACUUGUGGGCCCACCGCGGCGGCACUUUCGUCAUCAUCAUAUCCGGCGAAGUUGCGUCAAACCCUAAUUACUUAAACCCUCUUCUCAAGGACAUUGCCUUUCUCCAUCAUUUGGGGAUCAGGUUUGUUCUUGUUCCAGCCACCAACGUAGAGAUCCAUAAACUUCUGGCAGGCAGAGGAAAGAAGCCACAGUUCGUCGGUCCUUACAUAGUCACCGACCCGGAAACCCUAGAGGCCGCAAAGGAGGCGGCCGGGCGGAUUUGUUCUAACAUAGAGGCAGUUCUUUCCGCAGCGCCCUCCAUAUCCAACAUCCGACGACGGCAUGGCAGCGACAGCAGCCGUCUUCAUGACGUCGGCGUGAGCGUUGCGAGCGGCAACUUUGUUGCGGCCAAAAGAAGAGGAGUUGUUGCCGGUGUUGAUUAUGGGGAAACCGGCGAGGUUAAGAAAGUGGACGUCCGUCGGAUCCGUGAGAGGCUCGACGGUGGCGAUUGCAUUGUGUUGUUGCGCAACAUAGGCUAUUCCAGUUCCGGCGAAUCUUUGAAUUGCAACACUUAUGAGGUUGGAACGGCUUGCUCCCUUGCUAUUGAAGCAGACAAGCUCAUCUGCAUAAUGGACGGCCCGAUUCUCGACGACAAGCGUCUCGUUCGGUUCCUCACUCUUGGAGAGGCGGAGGCAGGGGCAGACAUGUUGAUUCGAAAGCGAAAGCAAGAGCACCACCAAGGUUUAGGUUUUGCUGUUGGGGGUUAUGAGAGGCAGCAACAAAGCCAUCAGCUAAAUGGCUACGUUUCAGAACUGGCUGCCGCAGCCUUUGUUUGCAGGGGAGGGGUUGAGAGAGUUCAUCUCUUAGAUGGAACUAAAGGCGGGGUUUUGUUGUUGGAGUUGUUUAAAAGAGAUGGGGUGGGGACGAUGGUUGCAAGCGACGUUUACCAAGGAACCCGAAUGGCCACAGAGUCAGAUUUCUCUCGAGUGAGAGAACUUAUACAAGCUUCUGAAGAACUGGUUAGGAGAAAUGAUGAGGAGCUGCUUGAGAUGAUAUUGCUGGAUUGCUUCGCUGUUGUUGAAAGAGAAGGUCAAAUCUUGGCAUUCUCUCUACACUUUCCACUCUCUACUCUCAAUAUUCUCUAUGUUUUAGCAUGCCGUCGACAGGGGCAGGGACAUAAGCUUCAUGAUUACAUUGAGAAGAAGGCAUCUUGUCUCGGAUUGGACAAGCUCUUCUUGCUUACAACUAGAGCUGAGGAUUGGUUCAAGAGACGGGGGUAUUUUGAAUGUUCAAUUGAAUCAAUCCCCGAGAAGAGGAGGGGAAAGAUUAAUCUGUCCCGUGGAUCCAAGUAUUAUAUGAAGCAGCUAUAG